AUGGCGGCAUAUCCCCUCCACUCGCAGUCACUGCGACUUUCUGAACGAGCAUCACCGCGUAUGCACGCUGGCAAUCCAAUAACGCCCGUACACUCCCCGCACCACUCGGUUACGUCUUCGGCUUCUUCUCGGACUCCUGUUCACAUCCUCACCAUUCACGAGUACCGCAAGCAGCAACACACGCCUACACUCUCGCAAACAGGCACUCCGAUAGGCAAGACUCUUCGAAGGAAACCUGCGGCACUCGCAUUAAACGACAUCGAACGUUCACCAUCCGUAUCGUAUUCUACACGGUCAGGCUCUGGUCCUCCGUUACGUCCUCUUCACUUUUCGCAGUCGGCGUAUCAACUCAACUCGGACCAUCCGCCCUUCCGGCAACAAACACCGCUCGAACUAUCGCAUAGGUCGCAGUCAGCUGAGCCUCGCGUACAGACAGGCAGUAAAUCCAGCAUAUCCACUGGCAAUCCGUCUAGUAAGGUGCGUCAGUUCAAGUCAAGAAAGAGGUUACCGAAACCGCCUAUCGCCAGAGAUCCCGUACUCUCCCCUCCCCCGCUUGCAAACGUGGAGUCAACCCAACCACGACUGUCACCGCCACCGGCUGUAUCGCGAUUUUCCACAGAGCGCUCACGCUCUAGUGGUGCGCAAACCACACCCACCGCUUCGACCUUCUCGCUGUCCCGCUUCCCGUACCCGCCCCACCAGAUCGAUCCUUCACUGUCCCCACCCCACGAUGAAAGAGAGCCCGCGCAUGUAGACGCGCUUAGCUUUGUGACUGCCGCACCUGCGACACCGCCCGCAACUCCCGCAAUCAUCCAUUACCGUGGCGCAUCCUUCGACCUGGUCAACCCUCACGAUUCGUUACUGCUCCACGACAUUGUUACACCUUCGCGAGACUUCGACUCUAGCGAGUAUCUCACUUUGCGUCCAUCUGGAGACGCGUUUGCAGAGAUGGCACCCAAGCGAGCUGUGUACGGCGACUUCCGCGCAGCGCAUGCAGGUAUUCUGAGACGUCCCGAAGACUCUCCCAAUCAGUCACAUAUGGAGCUUUCACUGGCUCAAUCACCCGCCGCCAUUAGUCCCAACUCUUCGUCGUACACGUCUCCACUGUACAGUCCAGAAUCAGUCAAUGCGCCUUUUCCAUUAGUCGUCAAGGCGCCUGCACACGAAUCACGCUUUUCCCUCAAAGGACUUACCCGCAGUUUGACGAAGAAGCUCAGUAAAAGCCCGGCUGUGCCACAGAGCGAGGAGUUGCAGGAUAUGCGUGAUCAAAACGUGAGCGUAGCAUCGAUCAGCAUGGAUGGAGACUUCCCACGUCCGCUACAUCAGACCUAUGUCACCACGCCGGAAACAUCCUACUUUCCAGUCGGACCAAUGUCGCCAGCUACGCCCACUAGCCCUAUGUCGCCCGAGAGUUUCCAUGCUUUUUCGCCUGGACAGAAUGACGUUGAGAUUUCACGAAGGCAUCUUGCAAAACUCCACGAUACAGAGCCACUGGCAUCUAUGCUACCAGAUGACCAUUCUACUCAGAUCGGACGAAUCGACGAUUCUCAGUUACCAUACUCUACAGAAGGUGGCUUUUCGAAACCCUACUACGAUGAUCUCGACUCAAUAUACCCUAGUUCAUCUAUCUACACAGCGGAUGGCCAUCGGAAGUCGAUCUGUCAGCAGGGCCUUCUGAGCAACCGCAACAGUAGUGCCAACCCGUUCGCCCGCUAUAGUGGCAUUCACGCCAGCGACUUCGCGAAUGAGUUUAGUCGCGACAAUCUGUAUGACCAUAGUGCCUCAAGUAGAGUCAGCCGUCAGGUGUCACUUCCAUUCGUCCAGGGCAUAUACCGCCCUCCGAUCGAAGAAGGGGAUCCGAAGACGGACACCAUCAGUAAACUCAUUGACGAGUACAGCCCUCAUAGUGCAACAGGUGCAGCUUUGGCUACGCAUCACGAGAAUCCUGGAAAGGCACAGGGUACCCACUAUGCACCAGCUGUCGUACCUUCAAGGCGGCCUCCGGUCACUCAACACCCAGGGUCUCCCCCUCGUGAAGCAGCUCCCCUAGCACCAGCCUUUGAUUAUGAUGAAGCGCCUUUCGUUCCUUCACGUCCAGGAUUGUCAAGUAUGUUUUCUUACGGCUCGGACUACUCAUAUGGCGAUACUCGGAACUUGCUGCGAACCUCACAGUUCGAAAUUUCAACUCAGCCUAACGAGGCACACACUCUAGAACCUUCUUCGUCGUAUUCUCAACCUGAAGCGCGACCUCUCGAACCGUCGUCAUCCUACUCCCAGGUGGAUAGCCAGCAGAGCUCGCAUAGCCCGCAUACACCGAAAGAGGCUCUCGACCAAGCUGAGCAGAUUUUUCAAGAUACGGUCAACGAGCAUCAGAAUAACAAUACCAUUCCUGCCAUGUGGGGAAGACGUAACUCAGCAAGCCUGCUACUAAGCAAGACAACCACAAAUAGAUCAUCUGGCGCCCCAAAAGAAUUCGAUACACUUCUUCACGGUGGUGAUGAAGCUGUUUCCGGGGACAAAGCAGACUGGGAGACGGUUGGCGGCAACAGUCCAAAUUCGAAACGUCAUGAGUCACUGAGCAGUAUCGCAGACUACAGCAGCAGCGAAGGUACUCGGAACAGUCUCGGAUUAGACUCGGAUGGCUCUCUUCCGUCAUGGGCUAAACAAGCUCAGCUACCAGCUCGGUCGAAUUACUACAGUCAUCCUAGUCCCAUACACAGCCAACACCCCCACCCGUUCGGUUCAUCACCGCCUCAAUUGAGAACUCAGGCAAGAGUUCGCACUGCAGCGGACACAUCGUCUCCUUCGUUGGCUACCAGCCCCCCUGCGUCGAGGACAGCGCCAUUGUUCCAAUUCUCCACUCAUGCCGAUAAUGUUUUAGGGCGUGGUACUGUUGAGCAGCCAUAUGCGUACGCCCCUUGGGCAGAUCCGUAUGCUUUUAGCGACAAGGAGACGCAAGAACUGCUGGCUUCUGGUCCUAAUGAUAACAUCAUCAUCAAUGAACCGCGUGUUCCGCCUAAGAAUCCGGCCCGUCAACAUCAUCGAUACCGAAGCGAUGAUACCAUACCGACUUCGAGUACCGCUAAUGAAAACGUAUUCGACAGCAGUCCUGUUGCUCUACAACGCCAGAACACAUUUGAAAAACUUUCCGUUGUUGGACCCAAGGGCAAUCUGACUGGCACUCCUCGCGGGACUGGCAUGCACGAGACUGGUAGCAGUGUCGCAGAUCACAGCAGCCCUGGUGGUAGGCUCAGCUCAAGCGUCGGCCGCCAGAGCUCUGGUUCAGAGUACAAUGGUUUCUAUGCUUCACCAUUCCCAGCUACAGGCAGCGUAACUCGCAUUAGCCAAUCUCGGCCAACGUAUAUUCCGACAUCUGGCCGAACCCCAUCAGAGACCAGUUUCUUCCCGCACACGAAAGAAUCGGAAACACUGCGAGAAUCAUGUCCACUUCCCGGGGCUCGCAAACACCUUCGUAAUUCGACCACGUUCCUGCGCUCGCAACGUCGCACAAGCCGAUCUGCUGUGCCAGGGCAAACAAAAUUACGCCAGAUGUUUCUCGCACCAGAAGCAGCUCGAUCCACUGUCUCGACACAAGGUACCCAUAUUACGCAUUUCCUGGCGGGCAGCGAACGUCCGUCUACUAGUGACACAAACACGCCCCUUAGGACCUCGUACCCCAGUCUUCAUAUCUAUCCUACGACUGCUCGUACCAAUAUCGCGCACGAACACUCUCCUCAUCUUCUCUGUGUAGAGAGGAAGCCUAACCCAGAGGAUGAAGCACGGCGACGUAAGCUGUCAUGGUACAUCUUCGCAGCUUUCUGCCUCGUGCCACCCUGCAUUCUUCUCUUCCGCUUCUUUGCAGACAAUAUCAUCGCCUCGUUCACGGAAGGCCACCUGGGCUACUGUACGCCACACUCAAAGAGAGUAGCGCUUAUCGCUGGUAUCGCCGUUAACGUUGGCCUUGUCACUGCAACCCUGGUCCCGGUGCUGAUCGCGCAUGCACUGAACGCUGUAUGA